CAGUUACACAACUGCACUGUUCAACCCACCUUGGUUCAUCAUAUAAACUCGCAUCUCACAGCGCUGCAGUGCACACUGCUUCCACUUGUUUGCCACGACAGCAAGCAAACAACUGACCACAUCCAGCGGGAACCAUGCAGUCUGCCGACGCCAAAUUCAAGAGAAACAGCCUGUUCCUGGCUCUGAGACGAUACAGCUCAGCCGUCAGUGAAAUGGAGCAGACCAUUCUUCUGCCAAGCCUGCUGAGAGACAUGCCCUCAGACGAGGUGUGGGACUGUGAAGCUGCAGAAGAGACCUGCAAAGACCUGUUCAGCAACUACUUGAUGCUCAAAGCCAUACGGACCACAGUGGAGAGUGGCCUAAUUCGCCUGGACGAUCACAAGGCCAAAAACAACAUAGCACUAAACAAGACCCUGGAGCCUCUCUUGGACACAGAUCCUGAAGCCCUCUUCCACUUCCACGUGAGAGGACUGUUUUCUGUGAUGAGUGACCUCACCAAGAAGACGCAGACUCUCACUGAGAAAUACAUGGACAUUAUUGGGAUAGCAAAUUAGUCACAAAACCUAAGAUAUGUGGACAUCUGUUUUUAAGAGAGUCAUCUAAGACACCCAACCAUUGCAAAUGUCUGAAAUGUUUACAUUCAGUGACCCCAGACAAACCUAAUGAAUAAGGAAUAAAUAUACAUUGUCAAAAUUAA